UGUCUGUUCUGUCAAUCAAGAGCCAUUUUUCUUUUAUGUCAACGGUGGUGCAGGAACAGGAAAGUCUCAUCUUAUCAAAUGCAUUCACUCAGAAGCAUCAAAGAUACUGAGCAGACUACGGAGACAUGCAGAGGAAGCCGACAUAUCGAGCCCUACUGUUUUUCUCACUGCAUUUACGGGAACUGCAGCUUUCGGGAUUGGUGGAACGACAUUGCAUUCUCUCCUUCGCUUGCCUCGCAGUUUAAAACCUCCCAUUCAAGGACUUGGCAAUAAACUGGAUGAAGUCAGAGCUGAACUGUACAAUGCUGAGAUCAUUAUCAUUGAUGAGAUUUCUAUGGUUUCCAAGCAGCUUUUUGCUUAUGUGGAUGCCAGACUGAAACAGAUCAAGGGUAAUAACAGACCUUUUGGAGGAAUGUCGGUCCUAGCUGUUGGAGAUUUUUAUCAGCUGCCACCAGUACGACAGUCUAAACCUCUCUGUGUGCACGACCCAUCUGAGAUUGACCUAUGGCAGGAACAUUUUCAGAUGAUCACCCUGACUGAGAUCAUGCGUCAGAAAGAUGAUGUUGCCUUUGCAGAAAUGCUGAACAGAAUUCGAGUGAAGGAGAAAGAUGAGGAACUGUCUGAGUCUGACAGAGAAUUGCUGACACAAGCCAUCACUAAACCAGAACUUUGUUCCACCAAUGUUCUGCACAUUUUCCCCACAAAUAAGUUGGUUGAAGAUCACAACUCAGCAACGCUGUCUCGGUUAUUUUCUGACAUCAUCACUAUUGAUGCAGACGACUUCCAGAAAGAUUCUCGAUCAGAAAGAAUGACACGGCAAGACAAACCCAGCAAAGGAGGACGCAAUGAUUUACCUGACACCCUGAAACUUGCGGAAGGAGCUCGUGUCAUGCUCACCAGAAACAUCGACAUACAGAAAGGAUUGGUGAAUGGUGCCUUUGGUACUCUGAUGAAGGUGAUUACUUCUGAGACGGAUCAACGCAUCACAAAGCUUGGGCUGAGAAUGGACAGUCAAACAGCUGGAAGACGUAGUGGACCUGCAGGAUCUGACGAUCUGGUUUACGUGGAGAGAGCAGAGGAUACUGUGAAACAGAAAGGAGUGGGUGACUUCUCUCAGCGGACUGUAUCUGUUGGACUUGGAUGAGAAGAAAAUCUACGCCAACCCU